AUAUGUUGAAUAGUUAUGUAGCUCAUAGUUAUUUUGUCACAUUUUUUGUUUGAGAGAUGUUGAAUAAUGCGGUAAGUUCAAAUAACUGAUGGAGGAAAUGUAACUUAAAAAUAAAUAAAUUAGAAGUGAACAAAUAAAUAAUAUAAUUAAAAAAAUUAAAAUUUAAAAUUAAUUAUUCCAAAUUUCAAAAACAAUCCAAAAACAUUAAAUUAAAAAUUUAAAUUUAAUUUUUUUACAUAUCACCUCGUCGGUGACUGUUUCUGUUUCUGACAUAUGAUCAUUGACAAUAAUAUUGUCUGACAAGUUAUUAUUGGCGGUGAAAGUUUAUCAUCAACAAUGGUGGUAGAAAACCGACAUUAACAAUAAAUUUUUUAAAUUUGUUUUUUUUUUUAAUUUUUAAAUAUUAAAAUUUUAUAUAGUAAAAUAGAUUCGAUUUCGUGUUGUAUAUAUGAAAAAAUAAAAUGUUUAAAUUUGAAAUCAAUAACCCACAAAUUUUUAGCCCUUUUGGCCCUUGACAGUAGCCACGAAUCUUCUUCUAACUGUCAUGACAAAAAGAAUGCUGACUUUUGAUCAAAAUGAAAAAAAGAAAAAAAAAAGGAAAAAGAAAGAAAGCUGACUUUUGGCCGUUUACCCUGUUUUCUGCCAUGGAAAGACAGAAGUCGAAGCUUGCAAAAAAUAAUAACAUGUCCGAUGAUGUAAGAACAAGCGGAGUAGGUUCGAUUCCGCUUGAUCUCAUCCCAGAGAUACUCAAAGAUCUACCUGUUAAAACCCUAGCAUGGUUUCUUUGCGUAUCAAAGCCCUGGGGAUGCAUCAUUCGCAACCGCGAUUUCGUGAAAUUCUACUUGAUCAAGUCUUCAACUCAUCCACAAAGCCUCAUCUUCGCAUUCAAGAGCAGGCGUCACAGUAAACAUUUCUUCUUCUCAUCGAGUCAACACCAAGAUAGAGAUGAAUCAUCAUUAUCUUGUGUAGCAAGUUACCAUAUGAAAUGCCAUUCUCAACCUUACACAGCUAUUACUCCAUCUGUCCACGGUUUGAUUUGCUAUGGACCUCCUUCUAAGCUCAUGGUGUACAACCCUAGCACUAGACGGUCCAUUGCUUUGCCCAUUAUAGAUGCUCACAGGCUACGAAUGUACCACUACUUGGGUUAUGAUCCCAUCGGUGGUGACUACAAAAUGUUGUGUAUGAGUAGAGGCAUGCACGCUCGUAGGGGACGAGGCUUAGCCCACAAGAUUCAAGUUUUGACAUUGGGAAACGGGAGUUCGUGGAGGAUGAUUGAAGAUUGUCCUCCUCCUCACUCUCCUGAAUCACCUCAUAUAUGUAUAGAUGGUGUUUUAUUCUAUGGAGGUUAUUUGGACACAAGUACUCGUCUCCUUCGUAAAGAUCAUGUAGUCAUGAGCUUUGAUGUUAGGUCUGAAAAAUUUGGUAUUAUCAAAGUACCAUCAGAAAGAGCAACAAGGUUUACAAGAAUGACAAGAUACAAUCGGAAGCUUGCUCUCAUGUUCACUGGAUAUGGUGGAUUUGGUUGUGGUUACUCUGGCUAUAUCGAGUUGUGGGUUUUAGAGGAUGCUGCAAGACAUGAAUGGUCCAAUAAGAAUUUCGUUUUGCCUAGAUUAGCUUCCAGGGAUACCUUGUUUCAAGUAUUCUGUGCCAUUGAUGAUUCAGGCGAGUUUGUUUUGGCACCAGAAACUUUGCGCGCACCAACGUUUUAUGUUAUGUAUUAUGAUCCUAACAAAAAUAGCAUGAGAAGAGUCGACAUUGAAGGGAUCGCAGAUAAGAAGCUUCAGUUUUGGGAUGAUGACUCGGAUCGUCGUACAAUUUCUAUCUUCCCUGGUCAUGUUGAGAAUCUCUUGUUUCUCUAAGAGUGCUCCUGACAAUCAUUUGCUUUAUCGGUGUUUUUCUUGGUUGAAAAAAGAUAUUCAUCUUCGUUAAUGUGAUGUGUGUGACAUGGAUUUCAUCUAGUAUCUGCUCUGUUUUUUUUAGGUCAGUGUCUUAUGCUUCAGGAGACAAAUA